GAGAUACGAGACGACUCUCUCUCUGCAAAUCUCCCCCAUCUCUCUCUCUCUUUUUCUGUCCUUAUCUUCGUCGACUCUUCCAGCAACCGACUCGGCGCGCUGUGGCUCUUGCACUGGUUCCGAAUUUGAUUUAUUCCCAGAAACUUGUCGGUAGACGCGUUAGCUUAACAGUGGAAGCUAGAUUCAAGGGAGAGAUAUAUGUAAUGGAAUCAUAUACCCAUCUCUCUUAAUUUCUCACAGGAUUUCUCAUCGUUCGAUUUCGCCACUCCGACCCUUUCAAGGGUAAUUGAUUUCGCCGCCGCCGGUGGGUGGGAAAUAUCCGGCUAAAGCUUACGUCUUGAUCAUCGUCUCUCGUUUUUUGUUUUGUUUUUGGUUUUUACAUUUGUGAAUUCCGAUUCCGAUUUAUUUAUCAUAGUUAAUCCCCGAUCUGGAGUUUGGUCAGCGGUUGAUUAAUUUCGGUAGGUGAGAGCGAACGAGCGCAAAAAAAGCAAAAAGAUUGACUGGUAGAUGAUUGAUUGAUUGAAUGAGAUUUCUGUCGAAACCCUAGAGAAAUUUCAGAGGGUAUGAUAAGAUAAGAUUUACCCCUUUUGGGUAGUAAGUAAGUAAGUAAGUAAAUCGAUUAACUGACAUAACCAUGCCGGCCGACCUGGAUAACUCGUCUGCUGUAAACGAUUCAACAGUUUCAGGUGAAGCUAGUGUUUCUUCUUCGGGAAAUCAAGUGGUGCCAAUGCCACCUCCGACCAAAAAGAAGCGAAAUCUUCCUGGAAUGCCAGAUCCGGAUUCUGAAGUGAUUGCUUUAUCACCUAAGACUCUUCUAGCGACAAAUCGUUUUAUCUGUGAAAUCUGCAACAAGGGUUUUCAGAGAGACCAGAAUUUACAGCUUCAUAGAAGGGGUCAUAAUCUUCCUUGGAAGUUGAGGCAAAGAUCGAGCAAUGAGAUUAGGAAACGAGUUUAUGUUUGCCCUGAACCCUCUUGUGUACAUCACCAUCCUUCUCGUGCUUUAGGUGACUUGACAGGGAUCAAGAAACACUUCUGUAGGAAACAUGGUGAAAAGAAAUGGAAGUGUGAAAAGUGUUCAAAGAAAUAUGCAGUUCAGUCUGAUUGGAAAGCCCAUUUGAAGGUAUGUGGAACAAGAGAGUACAAAUGCGAUUGUGGAACACUCUUCUCCAGGAGAGAUAGUUUCAUCACGCACAGAGCAUUUUGUGAUGCACUAGCGGAAGAAAGUGCUAAGGUAGAACCUUCCCCUGCUGCGGCGGCUCCGGCCAAGCCGCAGCCACCAUCUCCUCCUCCUCUUCCUCCGGCGGCGGCGGCAGUAUCCCAGCCGAAGUCUGCUGAUUUGGCAUCCUCUGUCUUACCUUUACAGAAUUCAGCAGCAACACCGGAAAAUCCCAGUUCUUCUCCGACUGUAGAAGAUGCACCACCACCACCCCCACCUCCGCCUCCGGCGCCACCUACUCCUCCUCCGGAUCUGUCCAGGGAUUCAAUCGGAAGCCCAUCAAGUAAUGGAAACACAGGCAGCAGCAUGUUUGCGGGUUUAUUUAGGUCAUCAUCGAAUCAUACUGGAAACUUACAACAACCUCAGUCAUCUAGAUUUACAGACUUGCUACGGGCAAUGGGUCAAACCGAGGACCCAAUAGUACCAGAUCCAUGUACCGAACCCGUCUCUUUAUGCCUUGCCCCAAACUACGGGUCAUCAUCAAUUUUUGGUCAAUCUGGGCAGGACUACAUGCAAUAUGUUUCUCCACCUCAGCCUGCUCUAUCUGCAACUGCCUUGCUACAAAAAGCUGCCCAAAUUGGGGCAACUUCAUCCAACGGAUCCCUUCUGAGGGCACUCGGGAUAGUUCCAUCCGGACCAUCUUCUUCAAGGCAGCAAAUCGAAACAGAGAAUUCUCCGUCUUCAAUUACAGGUGGGCUUAGGCUGGGGCUGCCUUGUGAUGGCGGUUCUGGUCUUAAGGAACUAAUGAUGGGGACACCUUCUCUGUUUGGUCCAAAACAGAUAACUCUUGAUUUUCUUGGAUUGGGAAUGGCAGCUGGUGGUGGCCAGUCGGCCCUGAUGUCUUCAAUGGGCGGUGGUGGUGGUGGAUUAGAUACAACAUUUGGUGGUACGGAAUUCAAUGGAAAUGACAUGGGAAGGAGCUCAUGAAAUUGCAGUGGGGACCCAAGAAACAGACAGAGAGACAGCUGUGACUGUGAAGUGUACAGGAGGAAGGAGGAGGAGGGCCAUGUCGUAUUUAUCAGAGCCAUAUUUUUACAGCUAGAUGGCGGGGUUUAUGAUAAUGAUGAUGAUGAUUGAAGAAACAACAAUUUGGGUUAGAUAUAUAUUAUUAUUAUCAUCUACUUUUUAAUGCCUUAAAAAAAAAGUAGUUGUCUUCUUCUUGAAAACCAAGCAUUUAUUAUAAUAUAUAGUAGUAGCUCUCAACUGUGGAUUCCUCAAUCUUAAUCUACUCAACUGAAUUUUUAAUUCUUUCCAAAUCAAAGUUGAGGAAAGUAGCCUUUAUUAAUAUAUUAUUAUUGGGUUUGAAGUAAAAUUGUAUUUAUAAAUCACUUAACCCUUUUUUGGUAUUGA